AGCUCCCAGCAUUUCGGUUCUAAGAUCGACCUUCUGAGCACUUCAUUGCCUGCCAAAUUGCCAGGGCUAUUAGAGUGUGAUUAGAUUGCUUGGCUCUGAGCAUUAGAUAAUCCUACGCAGCUGGGCUUGCUCUGGACCUGGGAUGGCUCCGGACAUCAGCUGCUUCUUUUUAGUGGCCCUCUUCUUGGCCAGUUGCCGAGCCACCACAUCCUCAGAUCAGAAGUGCAUUGAGAAAGAAGUCAACAAAACAUACAACUGUGAAAAUUUAGGUCUCAAUGAAAUUCCUGGCACUUUACCAAACUCAACAGAAUGUUUGGAGUUCAGCUUUAAUGUCUUGCCUACCAUUCAAAACACGACCUUCAGCAGACUUAUCAAUCUCACCUUCCUGGAUUUAACCAGGUGCCAGAUUUACUGGAUACAUGAAGAUACUUUCCAAAGCCAACAUCGGUUAGACACACUUGUACUAACCGCAAAUCCCCUGAUAUUUAUGGCAGAGACAGCACUUAGUGGGCCUAAGGCAUUGAAGCAUCUGUUCUUCAUCCAAACAGGAAUAUCCAGUAUUGAUUUUAUCCCACUGCACAAUCAAAAAACCUUGGAAAGUCUCUAUCUCGGAAGCAACCAUAUUUCCUCCAUUAAGCUCCCCAAAGGUUUCCCAACAGAGAAGCUGAAGGUCCUGGAUUUUCAGAAUAAUGCUAUCCAUUACCUGUCUAAAGAAGAUAUGAGCUCUCUCCAGCAAGCCACUAAUCUGAGCCUUAACUUAAAUGGAAAUGACAUUGCAGGAAUAGAGCUGGGGGCUUUCGACUCAGCUGUCUUCCAAAGUUUAAACUUUGGAGGGACUCAGAACUUGCUAGUUAUCUUCAAGGGUUUGAAGAACUCUACGAUCCAGUCUCUUUGGCUGGGGACAUUUGAGGACAUGGAUGACGAAGAUAUUAGUCCUGCCGUGUUUGAGGGUCUCUGUGAAAUGUCUGUGGAGAGCAUCAACCUACAGAAGCAUUAUUUCUUCAACAUUUCCUCCAACACAUUCCAUUGCUUCAGUGGCCUCCAGGAACUGGACCUAACAGCCACUCACCUGAGUGAAUUGCCUUCUGGACUUGUGGGACUAAGCACACUUAAGAAAUUAGUUCUCAGUGCAAAUAAGUUUGAGAAUUUGUGCCAAAUCAGUGCUUCCAAUUUCCCCUCCCUUACUCACCUUUCCAUCAAGGGCAACACGAAGAGACUUGAGCUCGGUACUGGCUGUUUAGAAAACCUAGAAAAUCUCCGCGAACUUGACCUCAGCCAUGAUGACAUUGAAACUUCUGAUUGUUGCAACCUGCAACUCCGAAACCUGUCUCACUUACAGAGCCUGAACUUGAGCUACAAUGAACCCCUGAGCCUCAAGACGGAGGCAUUCAAAGAAUGCCCUCAGCUAGAACUCCUAGAUUUGGCAUUUACUCGACUAAAGGUGAAAGAUGCACAGAGUCCCUUCCAGAACCUCCAUCUUUUGAAGGUGCUGAAUCUCUCCCACAGCCUCCUUGACAUCAGCAGUGAGCAGCUCUUCGAUGGCCUGCCAGCACUCCAGCAUUUGAACUUACAGGGAAAUCACUUUCCAAAAGGGAAUAUUCAAAAGACCAACUCACUUCAGACACUGGGAAGACUAGAAAUCCUGGUUUUAUCCUUUUGUGAUCUCUCCUCCAUUGACCAGCACGCCUUCACCAGUCUGAAGAUGAUGAAUCAUGUAGACCUGAGUCACAACAGGCUGACAUCCAGUAGCAUUGAGGCUCUUAGUCAUCUUAAGGGGAUCUACCUCAAUCUGGCCUCCAAUCGCAUCAGCAUCAUCCUACCCAGUCUCCUCCCCAUCUUGUCCCAGCAGAGGACCAUUAAUUUAAGACAAAAUCCCCUUGACUGCACUUGCUCAAACAUUUACUUUUUAGAAUGGUACAAAGAAAACAUGCAAAAACUCGAGGACACAGAGGACACUCUUUGCGAAAAUCCCCCAUUGCUGAGGGGAGUCAGGCUCUCCGAUGUCACGCUAUCCUGUAGUAUGGCAGCUGUGGGCAUUUUCUUUCUUAUUGUAUUCUUGCUCGUGUUUGCUAUUUUGCUGAUUUUUGCAGUGAAAUAUUUUCUCAGAUGGAAAUACCAACACAUUUAGCUCAAGAUUUCCAGAGAAGGCAGAUAAAUGUGUUUAGCAAAAUUGUCCCAAGUGAAGAAACUGUCAUCCUUGAGUGACCAGACUUUUCUAUUAGUUCCUAGGGCUGGGCUGGGGGUUCACUGAGCUUUUCUGAACAUAUGUCUUACUCAUAUGAGUCUUCCAUGGUACUGUGGUUGGAGGACCAGACAUGGCUGUGAG